CAUCAUUCUAACGACCCUAAAGAUUCACUAAAAAAAAAAAAGAAUUCACCAAUUUGGUCGGAAAACCAGCACCCUCAUUUCUUACCUUUUACUUUCAUCAUAACGCACGUGCAACUUUCCUUUUGGACGCCGGAAAUCUCUCACGUCUCUAGACAUUAGCAGCGUCACUCGGAUUCGGUACCCAAUUUUUCCGUAUCUCUCUCUCUCACUCUCCUUUCCAUGUUCAAAACUUCAAUCGCUCUCCCUCUCUCUCUACCCCAAAAGACCAGCAGAGAUCCUAAUUCCAGAACCCUAGAUUGUUUCCAUAUUUUCCACACCUAGAAAACACUGGUCUAUUGAGUAUUCAUUCGCUCUGUAUAUUAUCACUCUCUAACAUUCAAACCACAGUUUGAUCCUUUUUCAAUUGCAUGAGAAUACAACUCUAUUUUCAAACCCGGAUCUGAUUUCAACCAUUGACUCCUACCACUUAUCUUUUUCUUUUAAUUUGCUUAUUGAAUUGAAAAUGGGUGGAGUAACCUCAUCCAUGGCAGCUAAAUUCGCUUUCUUUCCACCGAACCCCCCUUCAUAUAAAGUCGUUGUUGAUGAAUCUACUGGGAAAUUAACAAUUACCGGUAUUCCUAAAAAAGAUAAUGUUAAUGCUGAUGUUUUAAGUAUACCAACUAAGAGAGGAAAUGAAGUAAUUGCAGUUUAUGUAAAGAACCCGUUAGCAAAACUUACAUUAUUAUAUUCUCAUGGUAACGCAGCUGAUUUAGGUCAAAUGUAUGAGCUCUUUGUAGAUCUUAGUCUUCAUCUAUGUGUUAACUUGAUGGGGUAUGAUUAUUCUGGUUAUGGGCAGUCUUCUGGAAAGCCUAGUGAACAAAACACGUAUGCGGACAUUGAAGCUACCUAUAGAUUCCUUGAAGAAAACUACGGGACAAAGGAGGAAGAUGUUAUACUCUAUGGGCAAUCAGUUGGUAGCGGUCCAACUUUGGAUUUGGCAACUAGGUUGCGUCGGCUGAGAGCUGUUGUUCUUCACAGUCCAAUCCUUUCUGGACUUCGAGUCAUUUACCCAGUCAAAAAAACAUAUUGGUUUGACAUAUAUAAGAACAUUGAAAAAAUUCCUCUAGUAGUUUGCCCUGUCUUGGUGAUUCAUGGAACUGCAGAUGACGUUGUCGACUUCUCACAUGGUAAGAAGUUAUGGGAGAAAUGUAAAGAGAAGUAUGAGCCUCUAUGGCUUAAAGGAGGCAGCCAUUGUAACUUAGAAAUCUACCCUGAGUACAUAAAGCAUCUCAAGAAGUUUAUGUCAGCAAUCGAGAAAGUUUCUAAUCUUAAAAUAGAGUCUGGGCAUCAUAGUCAACAUAGUCCAGAACAGUCAGAGCCUCCACGAAACAGCGUAGACCAUAGAGACAAGCCUAGAUUGAGCAUGGACCUGAGACAAAAAUCGUGGUCUAGUGUGGACCAAAGAGAGAAGUCUAGGUUGAGCGUGGACCAGAGGGAGAAGUCUAGGUUAAAUGUGGACCAAAGAGAGAAAUCUAGGGCGAGCAUUGAUUGUAAAGAGAAAUCUAGGGCGAGCACUGACAGGAGAGAGAAAUCAAGAGAGAGUGUUGAUCUACCUGACAAGGCAAGGACCAGCACUGACCAACCAGACAAAGCAAGGAACAGCAUUGACCGCUUUGGAAAUAUGAUGAGAUCAGUCGCAUUCUGCAAUAUCGAUUGUUUGAAGCACACAGUUUCGGAGGCCUGAGAUGACAAUGAGGUAAUAUCCACGUUGACAAUGUAUACUAAGGAAGUUAUUGUCUUUGGAUCCUUACAAUGGUAGAAGAGGAUGGCGUUAUUAUGUUGGUCACUUGUACAUUGUUGAGCUGAGGCAAGGGAAGAUUUUUUACCCUCAUCUUCGCUGAGAGAUACGUCAGUUUUGAAAAUCAAUGCUCUAAAAAACGAGACAUGUGUGAAGAAAAAGUCCAUAUAAAUGCUCAUUGGUAUAGACAGAAAUGGUUUUUCCUCUAUUGGUAAUAAUUGGUUUUCAGGGAACAUGGCUUAGAUAAAGUUGUUGGCAGAUCAUUAUCAUGUUACGAUGCUGGUGCUUUUAUUCUAGCAUUUUUGCUUUCAUGUACAUAAAGAUCUAUGUGAUUAUGCUUUAAUUUGAAUGUGAUUAAAUGCA